AGAUGAGAUGGGAUGGAUAUAUAUAAUGAAUGAAACGAACGCCACAGUCUCCUCUAAUAAAUAAACAAUCCUCAUUCAUUUCAGACAUUACAAGACAGCGAUGGCAGAUGCAGUUUCUUCCAAAUAUUUCCACCAUGUCCAGAGCCAACGCACUCUACCAAAUGCGUACACAUCCAGGGCAUGUCGUAUUCCAUACAUAUUAUGCUGGCAUCGAAGAAGAAGAAGGAGAUCAUCAGCAUUUUCCAAUGUUUUCGUAAGUUUACCAGAUCAUCUUCUUCAACCACGACCACCUUCUUUAACAUGCCAGAGAAUGGUGUGCAUCAACUCAAUGGCAAAGGAUGUGGAGCAGCAAGCCAAAGUAACAACCAAGUGCUUCUUUGAUGUAGAAAUCGGGGGUGAACCUGUUGGUCGAAUUGUAUUUGGCCUGUUUGGAGAUGUUGUUCCAAAAACUGCUGAGAAUUUCCGGGCUCUGUGCACAGGAGAGAAAGGAUACGGUUACAAAGGCUGCUCCUUCCACCGCAUUAUAAAGGAUUUCAUGAUCCAAGGAGGGGAUUUCACUGAAGGAAAUGGAACUGGGGGAAUGAGCAUCUAUGGUUCUAGAUUUGAAGAUGAGUGCUUUGAUUUGAAGCAUGUGGGACCUGGAGUAUUGAGCAUGGCUAAUGCCGGUCCUGAUACUAAUGGAAGUCAGUUUUUCAUCUGCACAGUCAAGACUCCCUGGUUGGACAAUCGCCAUGUUGUGUUUGGACAUGUUAUUGAUGGAAUGGAUGUUGUAUGGAAACUUGAAACCCAGGAAACAAGCAGGUUAGAUAUCCCACGUUUGCCAUGCAGAAUUGUUAAUUGCGGAGAGUUGCCUAUGGAUGGCUGAUUAGUUUGCUGCUGACUAAUCAUACGACUGUGAAUUAAAGUAUUCUGGUUUGUUCACUCCAUUUCUGUUACCAAACAGCAAUGUAAUCUGAGACUUCGUUCUGUACUAGGCUAGAGAUGGAGAUGCAUGUGUUAUGUAACUAUGGAAACAAAAAGAUGUGUCCCACAUGGUACCUUUUUUUUAUUAUUGUAAACCACUUUUCCCUUUC